GGCUGCAGUUUAGAAUACAGAAAGUCAGUAUUAUAGUAGAAAUUAAUUGUUAUUAGGCACCAUUAGAGUGGGCGGUAGAUGGGUUGGUCUGUUUGAUCCAGACACUGUAUAAAUAAAAGGAAAGCAAAGACAGAAGAACAAACUCCUAACAGGACGAGACUCACUCAUGGCCUAUGAGACAGAGGAUCAUGAGACUAAAUACUGCUUUCCUGCCAUCAACUCAUCAUGUAUCAAGGGAAAACGUUCCAGAUAUGAAUACAAUUUCAUGUAUGUGUUUUUUUCAUUGCUGUCAGCAUGGACUGUGUUUCUGAACCUGCUGGUGAUCAUCUCCAUCUCUCACUUCAAGAAGCUUCACACUCCAACAAACCUGAUUAUUCUCUCUCUGGCUGUGGCCGACCUGCUUGUUGGACUUAUUGUGAUGCCCGUGGAAGCCAUAAAGCUGAUUGAGACAUGUUGGUACUUUGGAGACACUUUGUGUGGAAUGUUUAUGAUAAUCAUGGGUCUGCUCCUGUCAACAUCUAUUUGUAAUUUAGUUUUAAUAGCUAUUGAUCGUUAUAUGGCUGUGUGUCACCCUUUACUGUACCCACAGAAAAUAACCACAACUAAAACUUUAAUAAGCAUCUGUCUCUGCUGGUUUUUCUCCUUUGCCUACAAUACUACUGUCUCUCUGAUUGGUGGCAGAUAUUUUGAAAGCUCACAAAGAACAGACACAUGCUAUGGAAAGUGCUAUUUAAUAAUAAGUUUUUCAUGGAUAGUUGUUGACCUGUUCUUUUCUUUCUUGUUUCCUUUGACUGUGAUCAUAACUUUAUAUUUGAGGAUAUUUUAUGUUGUACAUCAGCAAGUGACAGUUAUAAACUCUCUGAUGAAGGGUGGUAAAUGUGUAAUGGAGAGUUCAGUGAGGAGGAAAUCUGAGAGCAAAGCUGCUCUGACAUUAGGAAUCAUUGUGACAGCUUAUCUGACAUGCUAUAUUCCAUACUAUAUCUUGUCUUUAACAAGCAGUACAAUAAUCUCUUCUGCUACAAUGACAUUUCUACUAUGGACUAUAUAUGCUAACUCAGGCAUGAAUCCUGUUGUCUAUGCUUUAUUUUACCGCUGGUUUAAAAUAUCAGUUAAACACAUCUUAACUCUUAAAAUAUUGAAGCCAUCAUCCUCUCUCUUAGACAUAUUUACAGAUUAUUCAUGAUUUUUGUAGAUUUCCCCCCCAUUUUUUUCAUGUGAUGAAGCACAGAAUAAUGUAUAGUUUUUAUCUAUCUAUCUAUCUAUCUAUCUAUCUAUCUAUCUAUCUAUCUAUCUAUCUAUCUAUCUAUCUAUCUAUCUAUCUAUCUAUCUAUCUAUCUAUCUAUCUAUCUAUCUAUCUCAGUUUGUAAACUGAAUGUGAACAUACUGGAUACCAGAUUUCUUUAUGUACCAUAAGAUAUUUUAAAGACAUUUUAAAUGAAGGUAAAUAAUUACAUUUACCUUGCAAGAAUCUGAUGUGCUUAUGUUAAAUCUAUAGAGCAUCUUGUUAUAGAGGCAAGUAUGGCCAUUAUUCUAAUUUUAGUUACCUGCAUAACCCAUUAAUUGUGUGUAUAACUGAGUAAGUCAUCAUGUUUAGUCUAUGAUUAUUUUUUAUUUGUUUUGGGAUUUAAUUGUUUAAUUCUUAUUCAUGUCUAGGCCUCAUAAACAUAAAUUAAUAAAAAAAUAAAAAAUAAAAAAAGAGAUGCCUUUUCAUUGCAGUAAUUUUGAAACAGAUCUGAAGUGGACAUGAGAUUAAAUACAAUGUUAUUAGGGUAAUUUGAGCAAUAAAAUUUUGCUAAAAUCUUUAGUUGUGUAAAAUUGAAUAGAUAAUGAUUCAUUUUCCCCUGAAGCAACUGUUUUUUUCUAAUAUGGACAGAGCAUUUACAGUUAUUGUAGAAUGUUCUUUUCUUGUAAUCAGCUGUAUGACCCUGGACAGGUCUAGUGUUAAACCUGUGUACUGUUUAGAUGCAAAAGGGAAUUUAAAUGUUGGUAUCCCAGUUCAACCAGAAGAUAAUAUACUUGUAUUUUUAAAUUCCCUUUUUGCAUCUACACAGU